ACUUUCACCAUUUGCAAGUCUUGUUUUGGGCCUUUGUUCUGCAGCAAACGUUACCCGGUGUUUGGAAAGGCGUUGGUUGAUCCAUUUCAUUCAUUCGUCAGAAAGCAUUAAGCAAGUCCCAGCUCUACACUCCCAUAGUCCAAUGGCCACCGCAUCCAACACCACCCACUCGCCUCCUUCCAUCAUCCCCCACCAACAGGACGAGGACGACGACGACCUCGAUGACGAAGCCGACGACGAGCCCUCCGCGUCCCCGUCCGAGGAGGCGCGCCACGAGGCCGUGCUCCGGCGGCUCACCGCGGAUGAGGUCCGGAUCCGGGUGUACCAGGUCACGAUCCGGGGCUGCGCCCGCACGCGCCGCGCCGCGGUCGAGGCCGCGGUGGGCCCGGACCUCGCGCGCGCCGCCACCGUGCGAGACCUCGUGCGCGCCGCCGCCGCGGCCGGCGACCGCCUCCGGCGCCUCGGCGCCUUCGAUACUGUCUCCAUCACGCUCGACGCGGCUCCGUCAGGGAUCCCCGGCAGCGCCGUCGUCGUACUUGUUGACGUCGCAGAGGCCCGCGGCCGCGCUGCCGCUGGAUUCGGCGUCUUCGCCAACACCCAGACUCGAUCGUGUUCACUUGAAGGUUCACUGAAGUUGAAGAACCUAUUUGGAUACUGUGAGACCUGGGAUGCAGCAGGUGCUCUUGAAUUAGAUAAGACAACAGAACUAAGUGCUGGAGUGGAAAUGCCUAGAAUCGGAGCGAUACCAACUCCGCUGGUGGCUAGAAUAUCAUUUCUGUCCGAGGACUGGUUGAAGUCCUCACUCAAAGAACACCUGAUGGGCGUUUCUGUUGGCUUGCUCUCCACCAUGAGCCACAACCUUUCUUACAAUUUGACAUGGCGAAAAUUAACUGAUCCAGCACGCAUGUCAUCCAAUUCUGUACAAGAACAGUUAGGACAUAGCCUUUUGUCCUCUGUUAAGUAUGCAUACACGGUUGACCAAAGGGACUCGAGCAUAAGGCCUACACGUGGAUAUGCUUUUCUCUCGUCUUCUCAAGUAGGAGGUCUUGCACCAGGGAGCAGAUAUUCACGGUUUCUUAGACAGGAAUUUGAUCUUCGAGUGGCUUUGCCUCUGGGUGUGCUUAAUGGUGCUCUCAAUGCCGGAGUUGCAGCAGGAGUCAUCCAUCCAUUGGAAAGGGGUUCCACGGGAUCUGUGUCACCACUUUCAGAAAGGUUUUACUUGGGAGGUAACAGGUCCCUUGUAUGCCGCUUGGGUGGACCAUCAUCACUCUUAGGAUUCAAAACAAGAGGACUAGGAGCAAGGGAGUUCAGGGUCUGUAACCCCAACAAUUCUGAAAAUGGUAGUUCCAGUUGUCCUGAGCUAAUUGGUCUUGGUGGUGACAUAGCAGUGGCAGCAUUUGCGGACCUCUCCUUUGAUAUACCUCUGAAGCCACUCAGGGAUCUAGGAAUUCAUGGCCAUGCAUUUGUCUGUGCUGGAAAUCUUGGUAAAUUAACUGAGUGUGAUUUACGGAAAUUUCCCCUUACCGACUUCCUACAAACGUUCAGGAGUUCUGCCGGAUUUGGUGUAGUCCUGCCAACCAGAUUGUUUCGCAUAGAGGUAAAUUACUGCCACAUCCUGAAACAAUUUGACCAUGACAAGGGAAAGACAGGCAUACAGUUUAACUUUGCUUCACCCUAAUUUCAUUGGCAAGAAGUUCACAUCAAGAUGAAUAGUUGUACCUCUAAAGUUGCUCAACGAUCUAGGAGUUCAGCCAUGCUUUUUGUUGCUGGAAAUAUUGAUAACAAACUGAGUAUGAUCUUUGGAAAUUUCGGAGUUUUGCAGGAUUUGGUGUAGUUGUGCUAACCAAAUUGUUACACAUAGAGGUUUUCCCUUGUCCUCCUCCAGAGAGUCGCUGAAGUUACCACAGGCACUGGAAGUGAGAAAUUGUUUGUACUGUGUUCUGGAUUUAAUGUUCUGACUUGUAAAGCACAAAAAGCAAAAAGCAAAAUCAAAAGAGGUAGGGAGCUUUAGGUUUCAAUGCUGAUGUGAAUGUUGUGGACAAGAAUUGAUGAAAUUGGGUUGUAUACAAAUUAAAGAUCUGUGUUGCCAAGCUAAAGAUAGCAAAGCAGUUUAGGUUGUGAGUAUGUCUGGGAGUGCCCGAGUUGGGUAUUGCAUGGGCACGCUCAACCAUUGUCAUCAUAAUGAACCCUUGUCACAUACAUACAUACAUACAUUUGUUAUUGUUGGACAAGAGAUCAGAUCUGUCGUUUUCAUUCAUUAAUAAUAUAUUCUGGAACAUUUGUGUU